AUUGACUUGGGGUCGAAUCGCUAAUCUAACCUAUUCUUAAACUCAAUUUAUAAUUUAGUAAUGAGUGUCCCCCGUGCGUGGCUUAUCAUCUUGACGCCUACCAUUGCGAUGGAAGUAUCAUCAGAUGAAACGAGGGCUGAAUCAGUUGCUGUAUUGUAUAUGGCGUUUGGUUUCGGGUCAUUCAUCACUCCUUAUUGUACAGAUGCAAUAUAUGCCAUUACUGGCUCGUACGAUAUGCCGUGGUUUAUCUGUACGGGACUCUACGCUUUAUCAACUCUAUGCAUGGUACUUGCUGAAAGAGCAAGAAGAGAGCGAGCGCAGAGUGCUAUACAACGCUAUGAUCCAGUGGAUAAGGGUUGCGAGAAGAUCUAGUUUUUAUAACAAUAGAACAUUCAUUAAUUUUAGUCAUUCAAGUAAACAUUUUUUUAAUUUUUUGUACAGAGGCAUGGUUGACUAAGUAAAUAUUUAAAUAAAUGAAAUGUGAUUUAAAGUCAGUUAACCCAGGAAGAAUUCAUAUUACUGUAACAACUAGAGGCAAUAGUAAAAGUAAAAAAAACCAUACGAUCUGAGACAACAUACUUUUUGUUAUCUACAUAACAUGGAGAGUAAUAAGUUCACUAAGUAGACCUCUUAAGUCACUAUUUUAUAUUGUAUAUAUUUUUGUAUUGUAUUACUGGAUGCAUCAAUACAUGUUGAGUGCCACUGUUUCAAACGUGAGAUCCAAAUAAAUGUUAAAAGCUGAGAACAAUAGAGUUACAGUCCGAUACCCCCCCCCCCCCCAAAAAAAAAAGUAGUAGCCAUAUUAGUCUGUAGCAUAAAAUACAAAUGAAUUGGAUGCAGUAGCACCUUCUUUAGACUAACGCAAUUUAUUGAGACACAAGUUUUCGCUAGCUUGAGCUAGAUUCAUCAGGUGAAUAGAUACCAAUCUCUUUAGGCCUAUAGAAUUGUCUCAGACGAUGUAUAAAAUAUAACCGAGUGAUAAUAACAAUACAGAUGCAUAAUUAUAUUUAAUUAUAGUAAAAUAAUCCGAUGCUGAUGCAAUAUGAGGGAUAUUAAUUGUAUACACAAUGGUCACCUUUUUUAUUAAAUAAAUAUACUGUAUUUUA